AUGGCCUCUCGAUGGACAGGCCUGGGGGCCUCCAAACGCCGGAGAUCUCUCCAGGACCACAAGCAGCUGGAGGAGAGUGACGGGCUGUCACCUGCAGUGAACCAUAUGGAGACCUCCAGUGGGGCCCUGGGCUCCCUGUGCAGACAGUUCCAAAGGAGGUUGCCCCUGAGAGCAGUCAGCCUCAACCUGGGGGCAGGGCCCUCCUGGAAACGUCUGGAAACUCCAGAGCCGGGACAGCAAGGCCUCCAGGCUGCUGCUCGCACAGCUAAGAAUGCCUUGGGUGCCAUGUCCCAGAGAAUCCAGGAGUCCUGCCAAAGUGGCACCAAGUGGCUUGUGGAAACCCAGGUAAAAGCCAGGAGGAGGAAGAGAAGGGCACAGAGGGAUGGGAGCCCCCCAGCUCAAGGCCUGAAUCAGAGGAGUGCCCCAUCUGGAGUAGCCCCCGCCCACUCAAACCUGGGCCUCUGGGACAGGAGGCAUCCCCGCCCCUCUGCCCAGAUAGGUCCCUGUGCCCAGCCUCUGCGGCGCUCCAGGAGGGAGGCUGCCUUCCGGAGCCCCUACUCCUCGACAGAGCCGCUCUGCUCCCUCAGCGAGUCUGACAGUGACCUAGAGCCCGUGGGGGCCGGAAUCCAGCACCUCCAGAAGCUGUCCCAGGAGCUGGGUGAGGCCAUAGUGGCUGAAGAGAGUGGCGACAUGACCGUUUCUCUCAUUCGUAACUGA